GAGAUGUGAUCAGAUUAGACAAUUGUAGGGGCUACUAGCACAUAUUCAUCAUGUCACCACUUCUAGUUUCAACACUAUAUGUUAAAAUAUGUACUGAUGCUAAGAUAUGUUCACUGUGACAAAUGUUCACUGUGACAAAUAAUUACUCCCAUUAAUGAGCACUACAUAGGUCAAAUUCAGCUAAGAGAGUAGCCCAUUCCAAAAUUGGUGGAGUUGGGACAUUCAUUUUCAACCGCUCAUUAGCAACACUCAUGAUUACUUGCUUGAUUUAUGUGCGUUAGUGGUACUUUUCCUUUGCCUAAUAUGUUUGGUACUUACCUUUGAUUAAUGGGUAGGGUACUUACCUCCAAUUAUGGUCGAUUUUGAGUGGGAAAAGCAAAGAAUACUUUUGUUUGUUUGGUAUUUUGUCUGUAAUUUAUCUUUGACCUAAAAUUCACCUACCAAACAGACCUUACAUGCAAGAAAAAUCACUAUUCAAUCCACUACUCCAAAUCAAUAUAUAUGAGAAAUAUAGUCUCCCUAGCCAUGAAAAGUGUAAAAAAGCCCAUCCAUCCAGCCGUGAUCAGUCAUCACCACCAUUGAUGGAUAUUCACAAAGCUUUCAAAAGGUUGAAGAUUCGAAUAAAUUAAAUAAAAGUUCAUAUAGGCUAAUUUUUUUUAAUACUACCUACUAGAUUUAUUAAUUGAUAAGGUAAAGGCGUAACCAAAAGACUAUUUUGCUUUUGGUAAUUGUUGCCAAUUAAACGAAUAAAAAUGUAAACUUUUAACAGAAAUUAAAUGAAAUUGAAAUGAAAUUUUGGAAUCCGAUGUACGUAUAUGCAAAGAGCUGCGAGGAAGAAGAGGAGAGGGAGAGACUGUCCUUUUAAGCUUGUCGAACCCUCUCUCAGUCUCUCUCGUUUUUCCCCACACUGAUUUCAUUCCGUCGCGCGAUCGCCUGCCUUAGCUGAUUUCUCUCUUCAUUUCCGCACUUUGCUUUCGGAAUUCUACACAUUUUUCUGCUUUAAUUGUUACAAUUUCCGUCCGAUUGUUUGUCAAGGUCAUCAUCACCAUUGAUGGAUGUUCACAGAGCAUUCCGCAUGAAGGGAGGAGUUGGAGACAACAGCUACUCCAACAACUCUUCACUCCAGAAAGGAGUGGCUGAUAAGGUGAAGCACAUAACCACGGAGGCCAUCAGGCAAGUAUUCGUAACCAAGAAGCCCAAGAGCCUAGGCAUCGCCGACCUCGGCUGCGCCUCCGGCCCCAACGCCCUCUCCACCAUAAAACAAGUCGUCGAAGCAGUCGAAAACGCCAGCGGCACCAUCCAACAACCGCCGCCGGAAUUCCGCAUCUAUCUAAACGAUCUCCACAGCAAUGACUUCAACACCGUAUUCCAAGGCUUGCCCGAUCUCUACGAAGAGCUCAGCAGUAAAACAAAGCAGCAGCAGCCGCCUCUCUACAUAGCGGCGUGCCCGGGCACGUUCUACGGCCGCCUCUUCCCCGACCACAGCCUGCAUUUCGUCUACUCCUCCAACAGCCUCCACUGGCUCUCGAUGGUGCCACGUGGCAUUUACGAUGAGGAGGGACGGUCGAUGAAUAGAAAGAGCGUAUACAUAUCGGAGAGAAGCCCUCCAGGGGUGAGGAGAGCUUACUUAGGGCAGUUUCAAGAGGACUUUUCGUUGUUCCUCAAAUCGCGGUCACAUGAACUCAUCCCCGGUGGCCGGAUGGUCCUCGUGAUGUUGGGAAGGACCGCCUCCGACCACGCCCACUGCGCCAAUUCAUUCCUUUGGGAACUUCUCUACCAAUCUCUAGCACAUCUCGUUGCUCAGGGUGAAGUCGAGGAGGAGAAGCUGGAGAGCUACGACGUGCAUUUCUAUGCGCCAUCGAAGGAGGAGUUGGAAGGCGAGGUGAGGAAGGAGGGUUCGUUCCGAACGGAGAUGGUCGAGGUGUUUGAAAUGGAGGGGGCCAACGUGAGCAGGAGCUACGGGACGGCGUUGGCGAAGGCGGUGAGGUGCAUUCAAGCAUCAAUGCUGGCUCACCACUUUGGGGAGGGGAUCUUGGACAAGCUCUUCCACCAUUACGCCGCAUUGAUCGAUCAAGAAUCGGCCAAACGCGAUGUUAGAUCCACUAUCGCUCUCCUCCUCCUUACCAAAUUAUGACUCCAAUUUCUUCAAGUCAUUUAUGUUUGUAUAAAGGAAGGUUGUUGCAUUCGAUAUAAUGUGCAAGUGAUUUUAGUUAAGCUAGGAUGUUAUCGUUAAUUUUGUAGUUUUUAAUUACAUGUUAUUACUAAGUAGAAAGUGGGGUGUUUUUAUCAUUUUUAA